UGGAUGUGAGAGAGAGAGAGAGAGAGAGAGAGAGAGAGAGCUUAGCGGGUGAAGAGUAGUAGACUGGUGGUAAUAUGGAGUCGGAAGAGCAGAGCAAGCAGUUGGAGACGGGGAGAGCAGAGAGAUCGGUGUGGCUGAUGAAGUGCCCGUUGGUAGUGUCGAAGUCAUGGCAGGCCCAUUCUUCCGACUCUCACCCCGUCGCCAAGGUCGUCCUCUCCGUGGAUCCUCUUCAUUCUGACGAUCCCUCUUCCCUCCAGUUCACGAUGGAAUUGGCUGGCACUGAGUCUGCAAAUAUGCCCAAGAACUAUUCCUUGAAUAUGUUUAAAGACUUUGUCCCAAUGAGUAUUUUCUCUGAGACAAAUCAAGGAAGGGUUGCGGUUGAAGGAAAAGUGGAACAUAAAUUUGACAUGAAGCCCCAUGAUGACAAUAUUGAAGAGUAUGGAAAAUUGUGUCGUGAAAGGACAAACAAAUCCAUGAUUAAAACUAGACAAAUACAGGUGAUUGACAAUGACCGUGGAGUACUUAUGAGGCCAAUGCCUGGAAUGGUUGGGCUGCCCAAUUCUAAGGAUAAGAAGAAAGCAACACCUGUUAAAGGAUCAGAAAUGAAAAGAACAAGACGAGAUCGUGGGGAACUGGAAGACAUUAUGUUCAAGCUCUUUGAGAGGCAACCAAACUGGGCAUUAAAGCAGCUGGUCCAAGAGACUGACCAGCCUGCGCAAUUUUUGAAAGAGAUAUUGAAUGAGCUGUGUGUGUACAAUAAGAGGGGAACAAAUCAAGGAACUUAUGAGCUAAAGCCGGAAUAUAAAAAAUCCGCUGCGGAUAUUGAUGCUGAAUGAAGUAUUUUAGGGGUAAACUCAACUGAUUAUGAAUGCUAGCAUGACAUACUGUUUCAAGGAAGGAGAGCUUCACCUUAGGGGUGACUACAUACUCUGAGAUCUGUGAAGUAAUAAUGACCCUUGAGGUGAAGGAAGAAUCUAGAAUUAAAACAGGCCAUCAGGGAAUAAGAGGGGCAUACAGAAUGAAUCUUAUUUUUCUGGAGUAUAGCCCAUCUGAUGCUCUGUCUUGGCUGCCCACAUCACCCCCAACGUAAAUUUUAAGUGCAUGAUGGCCAGUGAAGGGUUAGUAAAGCUGAGUCCCGCCCAGUUUAUCAGAUGUCUUGAACUGGUUCCCCUUUGUUAUGAACAAGGAGGAUCUAAUGGACUCUUAGUUUU